GCGUUAGAGAGCGUGCGGCGGGCUGCGAGGGAAGACCUGGUGGCGGGCAUGCAAAAUGAAGUUCCUUAAAAAUGUGGAUUUUGUGGCACAGACUAGUACUCUGGAAGAAACUCUGACUUUGUCGUCACUGCUGAAGGAAUACCUCAUAUGUGGAGCUAAAAAUGCAGACUGUCCAAAUGAAGCUUCCAAGCAAACCACAGCAUGUGAUCGGAUCCUUCGGGCUUGCAUCUACAGGUUUGGAGAAGGCUUGGACUGCCCUGCUCACUUAAAAAGCCUCCAGGCCCUAGCCGAUAUGGCUUAUCAUGGCUACGUGUCUGCAAGACUUCAAUACGUUCCUCUCUAUUUGGAAAGGCUACUCUACCACUUGCUGCGGGGAGUGGCUGCUAAAGGCCGAUCUGAUAUCUGCCUGAGGUUUGCUGACCUCCUCUAUGCUGAUCUGUCGAAACACCAGCCUCCCCAGGUGCCUGCUGAUGACUAUACCUCUAUCGCUAAAAGUGCGUUUAGUGUGCUGUGGAAGAGCACAGAUGCCAUUGCCAAAAUGGAAAAAACGCCUGCUGAAUUUAAGCUUGCACUCUCCACCCAGCUACAAGCAGCGCGGUUUUUAGUGCUCCUGGAGCAUAAUGCCCCUAUCCUCUUGCUCCACGAGCCUCCAUUCUUUACCUCCUUAGUGGCCCGGCAUGCUUCGGCUGCUGCUGUUUCUUUUGAGGCCCAGUGCAGCCCUCUGAGUAAGGAAGAAGCCUGUUUUCUCAGUGAGCAGCUUUUUAACCACUUGGUAGCAGCCGUUUUGGAAAAGAAUGGUGUACCUUUGCCCUUCCAGGACUGCCUCUGCAUCUUUGAGCUUAUGGUGGUAAGGGUGCGCUACCUCUGCAAAACUGGCUGCUUCAGACAGAGUAAAGAAGUUCUUCAGCAGUCUAAGGGCUUCUUGAGAAAGUCCACCAAUGAGUCCCAUGGCUUAAGACUCACUUUAGACAUUCUCUCUGCUAGUGUUGAAGUGAAUAAAGUACUGUUAGUUGCCGAGAGUCCUGUAGGUCCUUUCUUCAACCAAGCAGCAGAAGCUCUAAACUCUUAUGCAGGAGCUCAAGAACCCCUCCUUAAAGUGUUAGCUGAAAGUGGUCAGUUGCUUGUAACCCCUUUGUAUGAGCAUGCAAGGAAGGAUAAACAGAAGUUCUUUGAUUUGGAAGAUAUUCUGGAGGUUUCUACGUUCAUGGAAAGCUAUUUCAGACUGCUCUGCAAGCUGCUGGAUAUGGUUCCAUCAGACAACGUGAAACAGCAACAAGUUCUGAUGAAGCUACUAUAUCAUUACUUCCAGUUAUACACAACUGUGGUAUAUGAUUCUUUUCAGAUGCUGCCGGGGUUGGAUUUUUGUGGGCUGCCACAAUUACUGGCAUCUUUUCAAAGGAUUGUUACCUGGAUGCUGGAAAUGCUGGAAGAUCUCCCUAAGAAUGAACAGGCUGAAUAUCUGGAUCUCUCAGCAUAUUGCGUAUCCCGGUUGGCCUACAGAUUUUACUCUCAUAAGAUGUAUGUAGAAUCUAACUCCAUAAUGGGGCAAUUCUGUGGAUGGCUAGUCAAAAAGGCCAAAUGUACAGACUUGCCCACAGAAAAGCUACACAACUGUUUUAAGCUGCAAGUAGAAAACUACAGGAAGCUCGGCUUACUAGAGGAGGGUCUUCAGACUGUAGUCCUCUGGCUGGCUUCUCAUCACAGCAAGAUCCCAGAACAGAUGGUGGAGCCUGUCUGCUCCUGGGUCAAAGUCAAGAUGGAUGCCAAUAAAAAUGGGGCUGAUGAUUUGAGAUUGAAGACUCUGAAAGAAGGUCUUGAAGAGUAUAACUUAGAGGAGAAGGUCCUUGUGAAAGUGCUGUUGGAGGAACUGAAGGCAUACAAAGCUGUGCGAGUUGACACUGGCCAAGAGCGCUUCAAUGUGAUCUGUGACCUCCUAGACAUAUGUUCAGAAGGCAGCCAUUGGGUCCAUGAAAGAGCUUUUAUCCUGGUGGAAUUGGCGCAGGUGCUAUGUUAUCAUGAUUAUAGCGAGCAGACAGAAUGUUCUGCUCUGGACUCUAUAAACGAAGCCCUGCAGUUGUUAGAAUAUGUGCCAAAGACUCCACAGAAUGAGGAACAGCUACAGGAUGAUAAGGCCCAGGCUUUACUCUGGCUUUAUAUCUGCACAGUUGAGGACAAAAUGCAUGAGAGUAUCAAGCAAGAGCAGAGGACCAGAAACACCCAAGGACAAAAAGACGCAGAAGUUCUUGAGGGCUUUGAAACCAAUGAUCUCAGUUAUGAGGAUAAAUCCCAUGAUGACAAGUUCCUGUAUCUUGGCAUCGCAUUUAAUCUAUCUGCAGAUUCUGUGCAAUCCAGAUGUUUGGAUGAUGCCUUUGCCUUGUGGAAACAGCUCCUGUCAAAAGGCAGGAUCCCGGCUCUGCGGAGCAUAGAGCAGACAGCAGCUUCCCUGCAUAUCAUGGCAGCUUUAUACAGAAUGAUGGGAAAGCCGCUAAAGGCUAUAGAGAGCUUCUUCCUAAUCACAGCUCUUUCUGGUGCACUUAAAGAUUCUCUUGGGAAAACCAGUGCCUUGUGCCAAAUUGCUAAGCUCCUUCUCCAGCUGGAGUGUCCCAGUUAUGCUGAGACUGUUUUAAGGGAAGCUGAAUUAUGCCUGAAAAAUGUGGAUGAAAAUAAUAGCUCCUACUUGCUGAUGAAUCAAACAUUGGCUGUGCUCCAUAGCAAGCUAUAUUUAGCAAAUUGCAAGACUGAAGAAGGCCUCAACCUGUUGGUAGAAAUCCUUCAAAAUCCAGCUCUGCAAAGGUCCUCUAAGGUCUGGUAUCUGCUGCGAGCCAGUGCUCUCCAGCUAACUGCUGCUUAUCUUGUCCUGCCUUCCUCCACAUUCCCACUGGCACUCAGGCAAAAGCUCUCUGCUCGAGGAUGGAAGACACCUGAAAUGGCUCUAAGUGAUGCACACCGAUUGUACCGUAGCAUCCUCUUGAACUUCUCACUCAUUUCCAGUGAUGCAUCGACAAAAGAGUCUCUUGAGAAUCAAUUUAUAGAUCAUGGUGACAACCUGGUGCAGAAGUGGCAGGUGCUGGCUGACAUGUUUGUUUGUUCGGAGCAUUUUGUGUCACUCCUUAGCAAGAUUGAGACUGUAAGUGAAGCCAAAGCUUUCUGCCUGGAAACGCUCAAAAUUUCCAUGAAGGUGCAAUCAAUUCGAUGGUGUGCUCGCUUUCUGGUUCUGAAGAGUGAACUGGAGCUACAGCGCAGCAAUCUGGAUCUGUAUGGCUCAGAUCUUGAACAGGUUCUCUUUCUUCUUGAAUCAGGCACAGUGUUUGAAACCAAAGAAGGAAAAGGAGAAGUGAGAAUCAAGCCCAAGAAAGGAGGCCCUAAGGGCAAGAAGUCCCAAAGCCUGUGCUUGGAGCCUUCUGAGGAAGAGCAGUCUUUCUUGAGAGAAGCCUGCCUUGAAUUCAUUGACACAGUCCCUGGACAGAAGACUCUAACUACUUCACCAGUACUGAGGCCAAAGUUGAAGAAACAGCCCAGCUUCUUGAGCCACUCAGAUAUGUGCUGCUGUUUGCUGUGUUCUGAUGUGGUCCUCUCCACCAUCUGCCUCCGCUGGCUGGUCAUCUCUGCAGAUGGAGAGCUGACAUUUGGGAACAGAGUGGAAGGGUUGCAUCUCCUUGAGGCCAUUCUGCAACGGUGCACCACUGUGGCUCAGCGCAUCUCCCACAUGGUAGCAUGUGUAUCUCAGUGGGAAAACAAGAAAGUUAUUGCUCCAUGUCAGUCAACAGUUGGGCUCCUUGAUGGCCUGAUGGCCCAUAUCUACGUGCUUCUGACAAAACAAAGCAUGAAUAGCAGUAGGCCAGGAAAGAAACUCUGGCAGCUUCUGGAGAAGGGUUUGACCUUUCUUUCCUCCAAGGGGCCUCAACUGCUUGAACUUGAAUACCGCAGGGCCCAGCUACUACUUGCCAGAGCUGUGGCUGUGAUUUCUGUUCUCACCUCCAGACAAGACAAUUGCACAGAAAAUAUGCUGUCUAGUACCUGGUCCUGGAAAUCCCCAUUGCCUCUCAUUGGAGACCAAGAAAUCAAGCCAGGAACAACAGUAGAAGAGACCUUCAAUACAGUUCAUGCACUGUCCCUGACAAGCAAAACAAAGAAGCAGCCAGGACCUGCCUCAAAACUGAAGUCUAAGAGACUAAGGACCAAACCACACCCUGCAAUCAACCCAAAUGACCCCUUUGCCCUGGCUGACUCAGAUUCGGACACUCCUCCCAUUGUUCUUAGGCCCCCUGUUGAAUCCUUCUGUACCCCAGCACAAAAAUCCCUUCCAGUCUCCAAGACAAGCCUGUUCUUAACUGCCAAGUCCACCAUCACCCACAAGGCUCCAUUUGUGGUUUUUGAGGAAUCCUCUCCGAAACUGAACACUGAACUUCCAAAGGCUCCCAAAGUAACCAGGAGAAUGAAAUCCCGGAUUAAGAUUCCCUUCAGCGAUGACAGUGACAUUGAAGGACUUCCAGAAACAAUGCCAGAAUCCCAGUUCUGUGUUGAUAAAGAACCAAUGACUGCUACUCGCAGGACAGGGCAGAGGACAGCAACUAGUAAAAAACCAUCUAAGCUGAGCCUUGCUAAAAUGGAGAGGUGCAGUGCUAGCUCUUCACAGGAGUGCUCCAAAAUGGCAAAGCCCCAGCUUGGGAGGCCAAGCACUAGGAGAGGCGCUAGACAAGGAAAACAAGACAUCCAGAAAGUUUCUAACAAGAAGAGAAUUCAGAGAGCCCAAGAAGAUCAAGGAGAAGGAGAAGAAGAGAAAGAGAUUCUAAGGACAAACGAGAGUUCAGAAGACAAUAUUGAAGUCUUGAGAGGUUCUGAUGAGGAAAAAGCUAUUAAAGGAAGUCGAAGGCAACCGAGCACAGAAGAAGAUCAAGAGGUCCUCCGGAGAGAUGUUAGCACUGUCUUACAAGGAGCAUUUUCAGCUACAGAGAAGAAAGCUUUGGAGGAUCCCUUCAACCUGCAUGCACUUGCCUCCUCACUGGAUGCACCUGCUGACAUCUUGUCCAUGGACUCAGUCUAUGACUCCCUGCAAGCUGCUUUCCAGUCAAUUGCCCAUUAUCCUCUGGGUGCCCUCUACAGCCAUCUCUGUCAACUCAUGGCACUGUGUAUUGGGAACCGGGACCCCAUUGCUACUGCCUAUCUGGUUUCUGAGUCAGUCUCUAUCACUCUUCGUCAUCAGAAGAUGACCAUGAUUCACAAGAAACUCAACAAAAUGAAAAAAACAUCAGUGGCCAGUACUUCCAAGCAAUUGGAGGCACUUACCCUGCAAGAAGGAAAAACAGAUUCUCGGCUUCAGCACCUCUUUGAACUUCAGAACCUCUUUGAAUUCAGUUGCCCCAACUCAACAGGGUUGGAAACUAAGACAUUCAGAGAAGCACUGCAACAAAUCCCCCCUGGGGUCACAGUGUGCAUAAUGACUCUGGUGAGCAUCCAGCCAGGGGCUGUUGGAGACAUCCUCUUGUUGACAAGGUUAGAGAAAGGCGCCACCCCUGUGAACAUCCAGAUACAGACCCUGCAUGCCAAAGUAUCCUUAAGUGCAGUUCUAAGUGAACUCGAAGCCAUCCUGCAAAAACAAAAAGAGAUCUCAAAUUUCACAGAGAAGGAAGACUGGUGGACUGGUCGGAUUGCACUGGACAAAAGAAUGAUGGCUUUGGUGGAUUCUCUGGAGACACAUGUGCUGAGCUGCUGGAAGAGCGCACUACUACCAGCCUGUGUGAAUGACAGCUUGGUGGAGGAAGCCUCCCAUCUUCUAACACAUCUCAGGGAAUGUGGUUGUGAAGAGGUAGAUCUAGCAUUGCUCAAGGUCAUACUGACUGGAUCCCAUCUAUUAACUCCACAACAUGUGGAGCACUUGGUACGGGGGCUUCAUCCAGCAAAACCUGAGAGAGCCCUGAGCCUUCUACAGGAGACAGUGGACAAACUGAAAUCAUAUACUGCCCAGGCAUCAAGUGGCCACCUGGUCCUUGUGCUGGAUAAACACCUCCAGAAGCUUCCCUGGGAAAACAUACCAUGCUUAAGAAAUCAGUCAGUAACCCGGUUACCAUCUCUGCACUUUCUGCUUAGCUACUCACUUACAAAAAAGUAUCAGGAAGAGACUAUCCUCAACCAUGGUGUCAAUAACAGCAGCACCUUCUAUGUUCUGAACCCACACAAAAACCUUCCUGGCACAGAGAAGAUGUUCAAAGAAUGGUUUCAAAGUGAGCCUGGAUGGACAGGAGUGGUGGGACAGGUUCCCAGUACAGACCAAGUACCAUUGGCCCUUGAAGAACGUGAUCUCUAUAUCUAUGCUGGUCACGGUGCAGGUGCACGCUUUGUGGAUUCCAUCUUAAAAAUGGAUUGCAAGGCUGUGGCUCUUCUUUUUGGCUGCAGCAGUGCUGCUCUAGCAGUACAGGGCAACCUGGAGGGAACUGGUGCUAUCCUCAAGUUCAUCAUGGCAGGAUGUCCCCUAGUGCUGGGUAAUCUCUGGGAUGUGACAGAUCGAGAUAUUGAUCGCUACAUGCAGGCGCUUCUGAACAACUGGCUCAAGGCAGGGUCUGGAGCCCCUUUGCUGCAGUAUGUCAUUGAAUCCCGUCAGGCUCCCAGGCUCAGAUACAUGAUUGGAGCUGCUCCCAUUGCAUAUGGCUUACCAGUAUUCCUGAAGUAGAAAACUUAACAAAAGCAUGGGAUCUGGCUUACCACGGGAAAAAAUUGAAGGGGGUUGAAUGAAUGUAUUCUUAAGUUUUGAACUGCCUUAAGUAUAAACUGCCUUUAACUGCAUUUAAGGGGAAAGGAUAAACAUUUGACCUAUGCAUGUAUGUUUGGUCACCGUCUGCCAUGCCUUUUUAUUGUAGAAGGCCUACAUCGCCCUUAUAGAGGAAUCUACGUAAGCUGCUAUCUUUUGGGAUAUGUAUCACAUUUGUACAGAGUAAAUUUACAACAAUUAUUGUAAGUUAUUCUUAAAUCUAUUUGUAUUUUAAUGUUU